AUGGGUCGCGUGCGUACGAAGACCGUGAAGCGCGCUGCGCGUCAGAUCGUGGAGAAGUACUACGCGAAGCUUGGUCUGGACUUCCACUUCAACAAGAAGGUUGCGGAGGAGGUGGCGCAGAUCCCGUCGAAGCGUAUGCGCAACAAGGUUGCCGGUUUCAUCACGCACCUGAUGCGCCGCAUCCAGAAGGGUCCCGUGCGCGGCAUUUCGCUGAAGCUGCAGGAGGAGGAGCGCGAGCGCCGCAUGGACUACGUGCCGGAGCACUCUGAGGUGGACGUGCCGCUGAUCCAGAUCGACCAGGACACGGCUGACAUGCUCAACUUCCUCAAAAUCAACAUUCCGAACGUGAAGGUCAUCACCGCGAAUGUGCACGGCGAGGGUGCCCACCAGCGCUACUGA